UCCGGCCCUUUAAGAAGCAGUUCCUCCGACUGGUUCCAGGGGGCGGAAGAUCUUUGUGUUGCUGUUCUUCUCUGUAGUUUGCGGCAGCGCAUUAGGGGCUUUGGCAGUGCUGGAUCGCCCGGGUUGCGGGACGCAACGUCCUGCACCGACAUGGAACAGGGCUCAUGGAGGCUUAUUGGGAAAAAUCGUGUGUGUGUUGUUAGGACUCAUUUGUGCCGAUUUGCAGAGGGACGGCUGUGGAGGUAUGGCUUGAUCGUUUGAGGACACUUUCGCGCACGUAUAGCUCUUCUGGUCGCUUGAAAUCCGCGAUUUUAAAAGGCGGGAGCUGCGUUCCGAAACAAUGUAACAUUCGCAUUAUGAUGUAAUGUUACAAUCGCAGCGCGACGUCAUGCAACAAUUGAACAAAUUCGCUCUGUUCCAUUCUUUAUGCUUUUGAACCACGUUCGCUCAUUAAACGAGUCGAGUAGGGGCAUUUUUGCUCGUUUUGUCGUUUAUUUAAUGCUUAAAACUAACCAAAUCGAGCGAGAUUCAUAAACGAACUCUUCUGUGUGCUGGAAGUGGCCAUGAACGCAUUUGUAAAUAUUCCUAAACAUCUCACGACAUCAAUUCGAUUCCCUGAGAGUCCCGCAUUGAAAUGUGGACUCUAGAAGUGACCCAUUAAUGGCAUGCACGAGGCCACUGCUGCUGCUGCUGUGUUCAGAAAAGCCGUCCAUACAUCAUUCAUUUGAAGGAGUCGAGGAAAUAUGGCAGAGGAGAUGGAUAAGCCCUUGGAUGUGGACGUCGACAUAGACCCUGAUUUCGAGCCCCAAAAAAGGCCCAGGUCCUGCACCUGGCCUCUGCCCAGACCGGAGUCCAAUGCCGGGAAAGCAGAACCAGCAGAGGUGGGACUCAUUCCUGAGGAAGAGGUGGAUGAAAAUGGCACUGAUGAUGCUUGUGCAUCUAGUGGCAUUACAGGCGCAUCAAAGCGUGUCAGUGUGAGAGAAGGAAACCAGGCUGUUGCUGCUGCUCCUGCCAUAGAAACCAAUGCUGCUGUCAGUGAUAAAGGCACCUACGGCUCUCCUGUAUCUUCCCAACAUGCUCUACCCGCAUGCAACGGUCUGACUCCUCAGCAGCCCAGAAAAUCCUCUGCCCGCAGGAACGCCUGGGGAAACUAUUCCUACGCGGACCUCAUCACUCAAGCCAUCGAGAGCUCACCCGAGAAACGGCUGACAUUGGCCCAGAUUUAUGAUUGGAUGGUCCGGAAUGUGCCAUACUUCAAGGACAAAGGUGACAGCAACAGCUCUGCAGGAUGGAAGAACUCAAUACGACAUAACCUGUCACUCCACAGUCGCUUUGUCCGGGUCCAGAAUGAAGGAACAGGAAAGAGUUCAUGGUGGAUGGUCAACCCUGAUGGUGGAAAAGGGGGAAAAGCUCCGCGGAGACGUGCUGUUUCCAUGGACAACAGUAAUAAGCUCAUCAAGAGCGCCCGUGGCCGUGCCGCAAAGAAGAAGGCCGCUCUUCAGGCCACUCAGGACGGAAGCUUUGAGAGUUCCUCCAGCCUGUCCAAAUGGACUGGCAGCCCGACCUCCCGCAGUAGCGACGAGCUCGACGCUUGGACGGAUUUCCGUUCCCGCACUAAUUCUAAUGCAAGCACCCUAAGCGGACGCCUUUCCCCAAUUCUGGCCAACCUCGAGGUGGAUGAAGUUCCCGAUGACGACUCCCCCCUGUCGCCCAUGCUGUACUCGAGCCCUAGUAGUAUGUCUCCGUCCACUGGACUAAUAGAGCUACCCCGUCUAGCUGAUCUUGCAGGAACCAUGAACCUCAACGACGGCCUCUCCGACAACCUAAUGGAUGACCUUCUAGAUAACAUCAGCCUGACAGCUUCCCAGUCUCCGGGUCAAGACGAGAGUGGGGCCAACCUACAGGGAAGCCCUGUGUUUACCUUCAGCUGCUCUGGGAGCAGUCUGGCAAUUCCCUCUGGCAGCUAUGGCACCAACUCCAUGUUUAGCCCUCCAUCCGUCACUGGCCUGAGGCAGUCUCCAAUGCAAACGAUCCAGGAAAACAAGCAGGCAACGUUCUCCUGCAGUUCCCUCUUUAGUGAUCCGAGUCUGCAGGAUUUGCUCAGCUCCGAGUCCAACAGUCACAGUGAUGUCCUUCUGACCCAAUCCGAUCCGCUUAUGUCACAAGCCAGUGCCUCCCUUUCCUCCCAGAAUGCCCGUCGUAGUGCCCUGUUGCUAUGUAAUGACCCUAUGAUGUCCAAUCAGGCUGGGCCUGUAGGACAACUGGGGCUCAAGAAGGUGUCGCCAUCUGGAUGGCGAAUGAACUGUGACUUGAGCAGCGAGUCAGACUACCAAAGCUUGAUGAAGCAACAUCUCCAACAGUCUCCCUUCAGAAGCACAUCUAUGCAGCUCAACUCCUCCGAUUCAUUGUUGGCAGGUCUCAACGGCAGCGUGACCUCCGUUCAGUCGGUGUCUCAGGACCAAUUCCCAUCUGACUUGGAUCUCGAGGCAUUAAGUGGCAGUUUCGAUUGUGACAUGGAUGCCAUCACCCGCAACGAUCUGAUGGAUGCUGAGGGCCUGGAGUUCAGCUUCGAUUCGCAUCUCAUCUCCACUCAGAAUGCUAACCUGACAUCAGGGAGCUUCUCCAGUACCAAACGAACCUCCUCCCAAAGCUGGGUACCAGGUUGAUCCAGCCAGGCCCAGGAAUGUAGGGAUGUGGCAGAACACUGCAUUUGAGCCAACUGUCCACUGUAAAGUAACUGUACAUUAUGCUGUAGAAAAGCUAUUUGACAUCUGUUGGAAUGAGUUUGUCAACGUUAAUGAUUUACCCAGUCGGUGUUGUAGUUUUGUGGCUGUAUGUUUUGUAUUGUCAUGAUUGAGGCUGGUUUGAUGGACGUUGUGAAGAGUUUCAACAAAUUUAACCUUGAAGUGCUUGCAGGUUAAUCUAAACACCCAUGACAAGGUAUUGAACUCGGCUGCUGGAAUACGGUAAGUGGAGUACCGUAGAAAGAAAGUUGUUUAUAUAUGAAGGCUUGGCCAACAGUACUUCCCUUAGUCCAUCUAGAAUACAAAAUCUGAAAGCAUUUGGGAAUGUGAAAAGAAUCGGGUCAGUUUGAAAACCAAUUAAAUAACUAAUGAAUACUCAUUAGUAAACUGGUUCCUACGACAAGUGGAGCAACGUGGAGAGACGGUUGUCUAUAUGUAGGCUUGGGCAGCUGUACUUCCCUUAGUCCACCCAGAAUACAAAAUCCCCAAAACCCACUAUUACGUAUAAGGGUGCCUACACACUAGAGAAAGCUCUUUCAAAAUAAUUUGGGAGUGUGGAAACAGUCAGUUUGAAGACCAAGUGAGAAUCUUGAAUUCUCAUUGAUCAACUGGUACCUACAACAAGUGGAGGGUCAUAGAGGGAAGGUUGUCAGUAUAUGAAGUCUUUGGCAACUGAACCUCCCUUAGUCCAUCUAGAAAACCCACCACUGCGUAUGAAUGUGCCAACACAGUAAGAAUCUCUUAUGAAAGCAUUUGAGAGCGUGGAAAGAUUUUGGGUCAGUUUGAAAACCAAGUAAGAAUUGUGAAUUAGUCAACUGGUACCUACGGCAGUUUGCACUGCAGAGAAAUGUAAAAUAUUCUCAUUGUUUGGUAGUGUCAACCUUGCAUUUUCGUCUAUGUCGUUGUGAUACUUUAUCCCCAUUGAAAUCAAGUCAAGUGUAGUCUAUAGGUGCCCUUAGUUUGUUGUAGUAUCUUGUAACCGUGAUCAAGAUGAAUAAACUUCUAGUCCUUGAAACAAACACUUGCCUUUUGCCAAACUAGUCCUCAGGACAAUUGCAGCAAUGGCCUGAUUACAACACAAACUCUUGAGAAGGUUUCUGUUGUCCGAAAAAUGGCCAUGAAAAAUCUGUCUCUUUCUCCAAUAAUUUUUUUUGUGUGAAGCUGAAAAAAGGGAAGAGGUUGUGUUUUUGUGAAAACAGUGAACAAUAUAUCCUUGACUCCUUUUUUAUGGAAAAGUGAACUAUGAUAUGAUGAUAAGCUAUAUAUUUAGUGUUCUGCUGUAUGAAACUAGCUUGUCAGUGUUUCCUAUGGAUUUCCUAACAAACACAACCUGUGCAUUUAUCUUGCUCAGAGUUCUUGAACACGAGCAUCUCCGUCACCUCUAAACCACGUUCACUUCCGAACUCAACCAUUUUAGAAUAGACUAUGAGCUAUAUAUUUGUAUUUCUGUAUGUAUACACACACACACAUAGGACCUCAUUCAUGUCAUGGCUGUAUAAAUUGUAAGAUCAAUGGUUUUUUGAACAAUUUACACCUGUAAAUAGUUCUUAAAUAGUUGCAUUCAAUGCCAUUUAGUGUUUGUGUGCAUUUACUGUACAUUGACAUGCAUGCAACCAUUUACCUAAAAAUGGGUUUACAAAUUUCUCUUUAAAUCAUACAUUUCUUUUGUGCUUGUAUUUCAUGAAUGAGGCCCGUAGUGCUUGUGUAUAUGUGCUGUACACUGAAAAUAUGUGCGUGUGUCUAUACACGUAAAUAUUGGAUUCAUUCUAGAGAUAAGGUAUAUUAACAGUUAUAAAUUUUGGAACGCUGAUUAAGGACCACUAGAUGUUUGUGUAUUUGUAGCAGGAAAAAAUGAAGCUAAGAGCAUUUGGUGCGAAGUGAUAUUGUUUUGGGUCAGUUCAUACGGCUGGCAUGUCACAUUCUUAGCAUUUAUGUAUAUAUAUCUACACAAUGGCUGGUGCUAGUAGACAGCGUGUAUCAGUUGUGAUGGCAGUUUGUUUUAAGCAUCCUAAUAGUUUUUCAAAUGAAAGGCAGCCGCAUUGGAGUAUUACAGCCUGUAUGGUUGUAAGCUAUGUAAGAAAGCACCUAUCUUGUACUGUAUUUCACUGUUGAUCUUGAACAUGCCAGACAACCAAAUUCAAGGCUGAUCAGAAAUAAUGCAACUAUUCCGUUUGAUGAAAUGGUAGUGCCAUUCAGGGACAACUUGCAGAUGUUUCAGUAGUUACAUCUAAUGUUGUUUUAACAUCACAGUGGAAUGUACCUUUUGUUAAGGUUAGCUUCACGCCCAGAAUUUUCAUAAGCUUCUUAAGCACUGAUUUUUAUAAUCUGCUUUAUAAUCAGCCGGAGUCACAGAAUUUAAGAUGACUAUAAAAAGUUGAUUGUGCUUGGUUUACCUUUUGUUUACUUAGAUUCAUAUUGUGUAAUCCGUUUUCAACAUUAUAAUUUGCUACCUUUAAAUGAUUUUAAUUCAGAUAUUUUAAUUUUGCUAAGAUUUUCAUUCAGUUUGAAGUUUAAUCUUAAAGGGAAUUAACACGAAUUGUGAGAACGUAAUCUGCGUGUGUACCACCUAAACACAAUUGGCCGUUUGUUACCAUCCACUCAAUGUUUGCUUGACUUUACCUGUGUAUUUCAAUUUUGGAUAAUGUAAACAAGGUAGUGCAAGGCAAGGUGCAUGUAAAUAAAGCUUGUACAACACAAUGCA